GUUCUGGCAGGCAGCCUCCCUCCCUCCCUCUUCUGGGCGCGCUCUGGCUCAGGCUCGCCCCCGCUGCUGCUGCCAGCCACAAACAAGGGCUGCAGGGGAAGAAGGCAGGAGGCUCGCCUCUGCUCAGGCCAGGGCUGGACCCAGUUUGCACGCUCCCCGGAGGAAGAGGAGGCUCCGGAGGGGAAAGGAGGCCACCUUCUCCAGCCACAGCAUCCUUCCUGACUGCCCCCAUUUGCCUCUGCGCGCCUGGGAGGGGAGGUUAACAAAUCUUGAAAAUGUCUUCUGUCAAACACCUUGUAUAUGCUGUCAUCCAUUUCUUGCGAGAACAGAGUCAGAUGGAUACAUUUACUUCAGAUGAACAAGAAAGCUUGGAAGUGGCAAUUCAGUGUUUGGAGACAGUCUUUAAAAUUAAUCUGGAAGAUUCUCAUCUUGCAGUACCGAAAUGCUUGACGGAAAUAUUUGAAGACUCAUGUCAUAAGAGUGAGAUACUGCCUCUCUCAGAUUCUUUGCCAGAGGAUCUUGAGAAAGCUGACCAGUUGAAGGAUGAAGGUAAUAAUCACAUGAAGGAAGAAAAUUAUGGUGCUGCUGUGGAUUGUUACACACAGGCUAUAGAAUUGGAUCCAAAUAAUGCAGUCUAUUAUUGCAACAGAGCUGCUGCUCAAAGUAAGCUGAAUAACCACAGUGAAGCAAUAACAGACUGUGAAAGAGCAAUAAAAAUAGAUCCAAAAUACAGCAAAGCUUAUGGAAGAAUGGGAUUGGCUCUGACUUCAUUGAAUAAAUAUCAAGAAGCAAUUAAUAGUUAUCGGAAAGCUCUGGAUCUUGAUCCAGAAAAUGAUUCCUAUAAGUCAAAUCUGAAAAUAGCUGAGCAGAAAUUGAGAGACAUGUCUAGUCCUACUGGAACUGGACUGAGCUUUGAUAUGGCAAGCUUGAUAAACAAUCCUGCUUUCAUUAGUAUGGCAGCGAGUUUAAUGCAGAAUCCUCAAGUUCAACAACUGAUGUCAGGAAUGAUGACAAAUGCUAUAGGAGGGCCAGCUGCAGGUGUUGGUGGGCUCACUGAUCUGUCAAGCCUCAUACAUGCGGGACAGCAGUUUGCACAGCAGAUCCAGCAGCAAAAUCCAGAGCUCAUAGAGCAACUGCGGAACCAUGUCCGAAGCAGAUCUUUCAGUGGCAGCACUGAAGAGCAUUCCUGAUUAGGGAGGCAUGCAUCAGAGUGCUGUUUGCAAAUUCCAAAAGGCAUACUGUAGCUAGUAGCAAAUAUCACCAUUGUAAUUCUUCUCAGACAUGAGGCGGGAAAUCUUUUGUGUGUAGUCCUUCUUGUCUGUUGAAAACAGAUUCAUUGCACACAGAUCUGAACAUAUCAUGUAUGUAUAUUGAUGCCUUUGUAAUUGGACUAUAGAGAACUGUUGACUUAUUAAAAUCUCUGUGUAAACAGGACCAUUUUCAUAUCAAUGAGCCAACAGUGUGCAAUUUUUCAUUCUCUUUGAGAAUUGAGUUUUUGCACCAACACACUGCACUUAUAUGACCCAGUAUGGUGGCAGUGGAGUGGUGAAAUAACACUUGAUAGUCCAUGCAGUCCUAUAUAAAAAUUGUAUACAACAUAUAUUCUGUAAGGCAGACUCACUCUCUCAAGCUGGAAGUUGGGCUCCUCCCAUACAAGACUGUGGGAGGUGCAAACUGUUUUGCAUGUCUAAUUGGCAAUAAAUCUAUAGACUAAAGAUCCAAAGCUACUUUACUGGAAUUGUUGAAAGGAAGGAAUAGAAUAAUGGAUCUGAUUAGUGGAGCUGUUUCAGGCUGAGGUCAUGUGGCAGAAGACAAAAAAGAUAAGUGAGCAAGCAGGUUCAGAGAGAAAGGAAAGGGUCUGACCUUAGGAGCAGGAACAUGAAAUCAGCGCAGGGUUUAUGGGUAUAUGAACUAGGCAGACAUUGCCGAGUUGGUUUGUUGGUUGAUAAGUAUGGUACAUGUUGUUUUAAAAGAUGCUAUUCAACCUUCAGACACACUCAUAUAAAGGCUGCUUGAUCCAGCUGGCAAGGAGGAUGCAUAACCUCAAUUUUUAUUGUUAUUUUACAAAUUGGACUGGUACAGCAAUGCGUCUGUGUUGUGAUGAAUGUAUUGAGAGGGAAAGUGGAAAAGAAGUUAUGAAAGCCAUAUUUUAAGACUUGUUGAUUGAACAAUGGAACCUCAGAUUAGUUUACCAAAUGGAUAGGGGGCAGGAUGAAUUUUGAAGGGCUAGAGUUGUACAAGAGUUCAGACAGGAAAACUGUGUAGACUACAGAAUGGGACAGGCACAGCUUUUAAGAUAUUUACUUUGUAAUGGCACCGUGUUUUAUAUUAAGACAGGAGUUUUAAACUCAUUGAAUUAUUUUAUUAAUAGUUAUCUGCCUGCUUACACUAUCCAUAACAGUUGCAUAUUAGAAACUGUUUUAAGAAUAUUUGAGACAGAUGAAAUUUGGUAUGUUUAUGAUGAUGCUGAAGAAAUACUAUAAUGUAUCUUGGAUGAUCUGAUGUCAUUUUGUUACUGCUUUUGAACAGCGUUUCUGUUCUGGAUCUCUUCUAUUGCAUUUAUGUCAUUCCUUCUUUGCUGUAUACACCUUGUUCUGUCCCCUCCCCCCGUAUUAUAUGAAUAGAAUUUGCUUAUAUAUUUCAGCAUGUGGUCAUCCAUUCAGUAUGACAGUUUAAUUCAGAAAGUGUUUUGAGGGUAUAUUGAGACAUUAGUUCAUAGAAGGAUAUUGUAGAAUGUUGGGGAAACUGGGGGGGGGGACCCAAAUGCCUGCUGCAAUGCUGUUAAAUUUAAGCCAACUACUUGCUAAAAAAUACCUCACAGUUGGAUAGAUACUUUCUCUAAGUAUAUUUGUUCACACUUAUGUGUCCUUUCCAAAAUGUAUUCCUCCUGUCUCCAAUAAACUUUCAUGUCCCAUGACUGUAAGUACCGUUGGGGCGUAUGUUAUCCAGUAUAUCAAGCCUGUAAUGCAGAAGCAGGAGCUUCUGAGAAAAUGGCAUGAGAAUAAUUAAGUUCAGAACACAACAUGUGCAGCCUAGAUGUCAAAAUGCAAACUAUUCAGAUCACUAACAGAACCCAGAUAAUAGACUUUUAAAUGCAUUAUAAAUGGCAGUAGUUUACACUAGUUCCUAUGGUGAUAAGAUAGAAAUAGCUGGCUCAUUUAAAUACUGCCACUGGGUCACUGCAGCUGCUUGGAUACUAGGAAUGGAGAUGCUAUCUCUUUCAUGGCUACUGCCUACAGUCAGGUUACUGAGUAUCUAUUCAGAAGCCCUGUUUAAGCAGCCAGGUAAAAUGUCUUUAAAAUUUAAAAUAUUGGGCAGAAUUAUGACAAAGCACUAGCACUUUUACUCUGUAAGGUCAGACAGAGUGUUUCGCAACCAAUGUACAUUUCAGAAAGCAACACUUUAGUAACUAUUCAUUCUCCAUUCUUUCAUUCUCAGUAUUUCAUAGAUAAUUAAUGGAUCAGUAUUGUGGUGUUUGGAAUAACUUUAAUAAAAGGAAUUUUAAAAAACACAACACAUA